AUUACACUAUCUGCAUACCAAAAGUACAGGGCAUCAGUGUACUCGGAACAACGUGCAUUUCCAUAUUGAAUAGUUUUAUUGCGAAAUUCACCCAAAUUCUACCCUAAAAUACGAUAAAAGUGCUCUGAAAUCAUGGCUGAUGAUGAUGGUUUGGACGAUUUCUUCGCCAAGAAAGAUAAAAAGGGCAAAAGCAAGAAAAAUAAGUUCGUAGCGGCAGAUUUAUUGGAGGAUGGAAAACAACCUCUGAAAUCUGAAAAGCCAAAAAAGAAGAAGAAACCCAAGGAGAAAUCAGAUGAGAGUAAUGUCGCUGAUGGUACUAAGAAAGAGGAAGAGGAAGAGUGGAUAGAAGUUGACAAUGAAGAAGUGAACUACAGCGGUCUUAAAAUAAAAACUUUACAAAUAGUAGAUGAAUCGGAACAAGACAGGGAAAACCAGGAACAAGCUGAAGAUGAGGAUGGUGAAACUGCUGGCAUCAAAAGCACUCACCAAGGUCCAUGGGCGGGCGUUGUACAAUCUCAGACUCCGACAGAAUCAGCCCCAUUGUCUAUAGAAGCUGGUGACCAACCGUCUGAAGAAACAGCAGAGAAAAAAGACGAACCUGCAAAAGCUCCCACAAAAUACAUCCCGCCAGGCUUGAGGAAGGCAAUGAUGGAAGAGGCAAAUUCCCCUGUCGCUCCUGUAAGACGAGGGAAACCACGGGCGGCACCCGAUAUUCAGAGUGAGAUGCACUUUCCAACGCUAGGUGGUACGAGUGAUGUGGUGGACAGGCACAGAGACAAAGAAUUUGAACGCGAAAAUCCAAAAAGCAGAUUCGAAACCGUUCGAGGUGGUAAUCGUCAAUUAGAGGAUAGUUCUAAACAUGGACUUGAACUUGAGAUAGAAAAUAAAUUCGACUUACUUCAGGACAAUAACUGACAAGGUGAAGUGGGGGAAAUCAUUCGCAAACUCUUUCAUAUGCAUUUUGCUGCCAUGCUGUGUUGUUUGCGAGAAACUCUUGAGGGUUGUGUAUAAAUGGGUCUGGUGCGGACAUUUUUAGGAGAUGACCCUUUCUAGUGAUAUUAUAGUAGAAAAUUAGCUGACAAUAAACAAUUAGGAAUGGAGAUUUAGUCAAACUGCAAAGUGUCUGUGUUGUUUGCCUGGACAAGGUGAAUGAAUAAAUGUGUCCUUCUAAUUACAGUGGGCCAUUUUUGAAAUGAGGAGGCACUUGGUUUGUGCAUGGUUGAACCCUGGUUGUUUGCUGUCAGCAAUGGAGAAGUUGGGCACCGUCCCGACUACCACUCUGGUUAGACUCGCAAUUGGAAUGGGAGUUCGGACAAAAAAAAGCAGGUUCUGCUCAUCCUAUGACUACCGAGUUUAAAUGGUGUGAUACUUUUGUCUACGUAAAUGUACAUGUAUUGUCAUCUGACUAAGUGAGCAUGUCUCAACACCAGGUGAGUGAAAAGGGACGCAUCAGGCACUGAGGAGUGAAAAAUGGCCUGUGACUUGAAGGCUGUUGUUUUCACAUCUCGAGUUCAACAAGGAGGAUGGGAAAACUCCUUGACAACUGAUGACGUGAUGCACAAAAGGGAAUCACCUCGGAGAGUGGGAAUGGAAGUCGGGACAGUGUGCAACCUCUGUUAUGGGCCUAAUCUUGUGGGCAAGUCGUAGGAUCAUUCCGAAACAUAACCCUUUCAAUGCAUACACCCUACCCCCAAGAGUCGAGCUGUAAACAUGAACCAUUAAUCACGCACCACUUGGCUCUUGGGGAUCAAAGCUUCCAUUAGAUUUAGUCAGUUUUGAUUUAUCUCGCUGGCAUCUCAUAGGUAAACAAUCUUAAUGCUAUCUACCGACUUAAAAUUACCGGAAUGGACUUGACAGAACUUGGCUACUGGGGGUCACAUUCCAAAAGGCUUACAAAGGACACACCAGCAUUACGUGACCCACUGUGUAACAUGUGAUAUGCAAUAUCUAACCUUUGUGCUGUAUGAACAGAUGAUAAACUACAAAUGUAAUGGAAGAUCCAUCAAUGUUGUGUUCUGGGGAAGAAGGGUCGCUCAAAUAAUCCGCAUUACUAUAAAAUUCAAUAGGUAAUUCCAAAGGCAGUAGUCUCAAGUCUUAUGACAACAAUCGUUCUCAAGGAAUUUGGUGACAGUUGUUCUAACAUAUCGUGGGCUCAGGGUUAACUAGUUGUAUCUGCAUUUUUGUCAAAAUUGAUUUUAUUAUCUUAAAUUAAUGCAUGUUCAAUGAUAUUUAAUUACAACUUUAAAUCAUACUAGUAAUUACCAAAAUGACUGAUACAACUAGUUAACCCUGAGCCAGCGAUAUAUCAAGAAUAUUCAUAACCCAACACUUGAUCUUGAGCUGGUUGAGACUCAUGAGCAGAUGAAAUUUGAUGAACUAAUCGACCCUGGUCUUUUCAUGCAUGAAAAUCAGAAGUUGAGGACCGAGGACCAGCCCAUUUUUCCAAAAAUUUGAAUGUCACUUGGUCAAGUCUGGUUCUUGCCAUGUCAGGUAGUUGUCCAAUGCUUGUAUAUUUUUUUGGCAAUUUACAACAUGUCGGCUGUGAUGAGUGUGCAUGCAUGAAUGAGUAGGCUAGCAUCAGUCGGGAGCCAUAAGGAAAGACAUCGAGGGGACUUCUUUGUGCUGCAUGAGGCUGGGUUGACAUGGAAUUCAAUGUUCAAUGUCGCAUGUGACAUUCCGUGACAAAUCUGGAGUCUGCCUCACAUUUUAUGGCUUUCUAUUUGAAAGAUGUAUUUCCUUUGUUUUGUAUUUUGUUGAGAUUGAUUGGGAGGGGUUAUGGUUUGGGUAAAAUAAUGAAAUAAAGGUUAUGUAAUAAUCCUCUUAA